AUGAUGGGCAUCCGAAAAUUAAUAUUCUCUUUUUUAAUAUAUCUUCAAGUAUCAUGUCUGGCUGUUGUUGAUCAGAAUACUAAGGGAUUCUUUACAUCGGAUGGAGAUGAUCAUAACAUUGAUAUAAGUCCUCUGCCGAGGUGGCCGAGUUUGAACCCUGACCAGAAAUUGCUGAAGGUAGGUAGAAAUGGUGCUAUUAGCUCCGAUUUAGAGCUUUGUAAUAAUUUAACUAUUAAUGAGAUUUUUCUCAAAUAUCCUCAAGCUAAUGCUGCUGAUGCUGCUGUGACACAGGCUCUUUGUAUCGGCAUGGUGAAUUUCUUCAAUAGUGGUAUUGGUGGCGGUGGGUAUGUAGUAUUUGCCAAGGGACCCAGAGCCCCAGAUACCACUGGUAAUCAUUUAUUCAUUGACUUUAGGGAAAAGGCGCCAGCCGCUGCACAUAAAUCGAUGUUUGAAAACUGUUCUUUGUGCUCAAAAGUAGGUGGGCUAGCAGUAGCUGUUCCUGGUGAACUUAAGGGUCUCUAUGAGCUAUAUAAAUCAAGAGGAAGUGGGAAAGUGACAUGGAAACAGCUAUUAGAACCUAUCAUUAAACUCGGUGAAGAUGGUUGGGUUGUUGAAGAGGCCUUGGGUGCAACGUUAACCUUAUAUGAGCAAUUUAUUUUGGAAAGAAAAUACGAUUGGGAGUUUGUGCUCAACUCCACAAAGAAUGGUGUUAAAAAAACUGGUGAUAAGAUUUCAAGACCUGUUCUAUCAAAAUUAUUGCGAGAAUUAGCAAACAAUGGCUCCGCUGAUCCAUUUUAUGAUAAAGAUGGCUGGAUCGUAAAAUCAAUGGUAGACAAGAUCAAAGAAAACCAAGGAAUAAUCACAUCACAAGAUUUCGAUGACUAUACGGUGAGAAAGGAUAAGCCUUUAGAGAGGAAGAUUAGACAAGGUUUCUCUUUUGCACCAAACAAUGACUUGACUGUCUUGACUAGUGGUGGCUCCAGUUCUGGACCUGCAUUGUUAGCAUCCCUAGCUGUUAUGGAAACCUUUGGUGACUCAAUGGGUGGUGAUUAUGGUGAUGAAGAGAUAUUUCAGCUAGUUGAAACCAUGAAAUGGAUGGGAAGCGCCAGAAGCAGACUAGGUGACUAUGUUGGCAAGCGUUUUCCAGACAAUAUACAAGAAGUUCUAAAUCCUAAAUGGGUGUCUAAGAUUAUUCACGCCAUCAAGCAUCAGUGCAGACAAUCACCUUUGAGAACACUUAAUAACUAUACUUGCUACGAUCCAAUGUACGACAUCAAUGAACCUCAUGGGACUGCGCAUUUCAGUAUCACUGACAAGUUUGGUAAUGCCAUAUCUUUGACCACAACAGUAAAUCUUUUGUAUGGGUCUUUGGUACAUGACCCAAACACGGGUGUUAUAUUCAACAAUGAAAUGGACGAUUUCGCUCAACCAAAUCGCUCAAACAGUUUUGACUUAGCAGCCUCCAUUUAUAAUCUCAUUGAGCCUGGUAAGAGACCGUUAUCGUCUACAGCACCAUCUAUCAUUAUGAAUGAAUUGGGAUAUCCUGACCUUGUUGUCGGUGCAUCUGGUGGCUCACGUAUCACUACAAGUAUACUACAGACCAUUAUCAGAGUUUAUUGGUACCAGAUGCCUCUCCUGGAAUCUAUUGCGUACCCUAGAGUACACCACCAGCUGCUUCCCUAUCAGCUGGAAGUGGAAAGUGAGGCUAUGAUAGGAUCUGAGACCAUCCAGGCUUUGAAAAGCAUGGGCCACAAUGUGUUACAGGUGGAACCCAAAAGUGUAGUGAAUGCCAUACAACGUAUCGCUGGCGAAUGGCAUGCUGUCAGUGACUAUUGGAGAAAAAGAGGCAUUUCUGCAGUUUAUUAA